UGUACAGCACUUCUUUUAACUUCUCAACUAGCUUAUAGUAUUUUGAGCUUUCGCGUCUGCUAUGGCUAGUCGAAAAUCUUCGCAACCAAAGCGAGAGAGCCGGGACAAAUACUCUGUAUUAUUACCCACGUACAACGAAAGAGAAAACCUGCCUCUGAUAGUGUGGCUUUUGUUGAAAUAUUUCGGAGAAGGUGGAUAUGACUAUGAGAUUAUUAUCAUUGAUGACGGAAGCCCAGAUGGGACACUGGAGGUUGCAGAGCAGUUGCAGAAAAUUUACGGAAAGGACAAAAUAGUUCUGCGACCAAGGGAGAAAAAAUUAGGCCUUGGCACAGCCUACAUCCAUGGCAUGAAGCAUGCCACUGGGAACUUCAUCAUCAUCAUGGAUGCAGAUCUUUCCCAUCACCCCAAGUUUAUUCCUGAAUUUAUUGAAAAGCAGAAGGAAGGUGGUUAUGACCUUGUGUCUGGUACUCGCUAUCAGGGCAAUGGAGGUGUCUACGGCUGGGACCUGUGCAGGAAACUCAUCAGUCGAGGUGCUAACUUUUUGACUCAGGUUUUGUUGAGACCCGGCGCUUCGGACCUCACGGGCAGCUUCAGGUUAUACAAGAAAAAUGUGCUGGAGAGUCUGGUGGAGCGGUGUGUGUCUAAAGGUUACGUGUUCCAGAUGGAGAUGAUCGUCCGAGCCAGACAGCUCAACUACACAAUUGGAGAGGUUCCUAUUUCCUUUGUGGAUCGGGUUUAUGGAGAGUCAAAACUGGGAGGGAAUGAGAUCGUGUCAUUUGUGAAAGGACUGCUCACACUCUUCGCCACGACGUGAUCAGCGAUGUUCAGAGCUUCUGGGAGCUUUUUUUUUUUUCCUCGUUCCACAAGUUUGUCUUUAAAACAGAAGUUUCACCAAAUUAAAAACAAGAGAGAGACGUUCACCACUUUCUGUGAUCAUACGGUGACAGGACAACACAGGAGAAGGAAGGUGUUAGCAGUUAAAACUGUGGAAGAUGUUCUUUUCUGUAGUUUUCAGAAUGCUGAAGAAAUGGUGAUUCCCAAGUCUUGUCAAUCCCAUCGCAGAAUGUUUCUGGAAUUCUUUAUUAUUACAGUUUGCAAAUGCAUAAAAAUAAACACGUUUUAAUUGUA